AUGGUUGCCGCCAUUGUGUGUUACCUCUGGAGGGUAUUUGGAGGAGGGAUCUGCAGGAAGGGUUUCCCCAGCAGAAUCCUCUAUGCUGAUUUUAAGCAGAGAUACAAAGUAUUGAAUGCCGGUGUAAUCCCCGAAGGCCAGUUCAUUGACAACAAGAAGGCUUCUGAGAAGCUGCUUGGGUUAAUUGAUGUAAACCAUGAGGAGUACAAGUUUGGACACACCAAGGUGUUCUUCAAAGUUGGUCUGCUUGGUGUCCUUGAGGAGAUGAGAGAUGAGAAGCUUGCUAAUCUGGUAACCAUGAUGCAGGCUCUUGCCCGUGGAUACCUAAUGAGAAGGCAGUUUACCAAGAUAAUGGAUGGAAGGUGAAACUGAGAAGAUACAAGGAAAAAUAAGUAUUCAGGUUUUUGCAUUCAAUCCAUGUUUUUAGGGAGUGAUUCAAUUCUGUUUAACUAUGAAGCAAUUGUUAGAAUAAUGAUGUGAACUUGUAAUUUUGGAAUAAUGGAUAUCUUGGACUUGAUGGAAUGAUGAUAGAUUUUACGUGUAGGAAUGGGUUAGGGUAAUGAUUUAUUUACAUUGCAUCAUUUUGUAUCGAGCUAACCAAUUACUGUCUUUAUCUCUCUUUAUCAGAGUGUCUAUCUACAACAUCUAGUACAAUGUCCUCUCAUUCAUGAAUGUGAAACAGAAUGUAACCAGACUUCAGGACCUGGUGGAUAAGCCGCAGCUUAAAGUGAAGGCUUACAAGAGACAGGCUGAGUCAUACAUUAAUUAAUAUUAAUGUAAUAUUAAAGAAUUAGACUUGAUUACAAAGAAAAAUGGCAAUUAACCAAAUCAUCCUUUUAAAAAUGUGAUGGCCAUUCUGCUAAUCUUCAAACCUGUUCUCAAUGUCACCCAUAGGAGCAUUACAACUCCAACAUGUCCAAGUUCAGGAAGGUUCAGCAUGAGCUGGAGGAGGCUGAGGAACGUGCCGACAUCGCUGAGUCUCAGGUCAACAAGCUCAGAACCAAGACUCAUGACUCUGGAAAGGUGAACCCCUGCUGACAGCAAUGUUAAGAAUACAAUUUGAUUAUUUAGAACAUGCUUUUAUCCAAAGUGACGAAGUUUGUACAAAUUCUUAGUGCAAAUGUUACUCUUGAUAUAUGGCCUACGGUUAGGGUUGCCAUUUUCAAUGCUGAAAAAUAAGGGACGCCUGCCGCAGCGGGGGCCACACCCCUCGGUGCCACGACCACCACAGGCCCGAUGACGUGCCAGUGGUGGUAAAUCACAACUUAAAACUGUUUUCAUAAAAAUAUUAAGAUUGAUACAUGGACAUUAUAAAAAUAUAUAUGCUAUUGAAAUCAGUGUGUUGUUCUGCCUCUUGUUCUGCUAUUGUAUAGAUUGAAUAACUUGGCUUUCCAGAUUAAAUGUCUGUUCUUGGUCUUGGAUUUUGUGAAAUACCUUUCUGAAUAAAUGCGAUUUAUAGUCCAGUGCGAUUUAUAUAUGUUAUUUUCCUCUUCAUGACGCAUUUUUUGACCGAUGCGAUUUAUACUCCGGAGCGAUUUAUGGUCCGAAAAAUAGGGUAGGUUAAAGAAGCUGAAUAGACAUGACAACAACCGGACCCAAGGCAGUGCUAUGUUUCAUAACAUAUGA